AUGGGAUUUAAAAAGGCUGAUGGAAAAAGGGAAUUUCAUCAUUCCAAUUCAUUGACAGGCUCCUCAAAAGUGCAGCCUCCAGAUGACUUAACAGAUGUGGCUGCCGUAAACCCUGAUGCUGAAGGUCUAACUUCGCCUGUAGAAUCCCCUGCAGUUAUCGGCCGUGUGCCUUCUCCUGCUCCAAAGAGCUACCAAGGAAACAUUAUCCGUCCACAACCAAGAGCAGCCACACCACAGCAAAUCGAACCUUAUUACCUGCAGCAAAGAGAAAAUUGGCAUCAAACACAGUAUCAAGUGGCAGGCUAUGUAAUGCCUAAUCAACAGCCACAAGUUCAGCCGCAUGGUCAAGCACCUCCUGGUCACUUUAUGCAAUCUUCCUUUCAAUCCCCAGGCCAAGCUGCUCAGCAGAUUCAAGGGCAGUAUAUACCAUACCCCUACCAGCACCCCCAGCCUGGUGGGGUAUCCCAUCAUACAAGUGUCCCGACCAGAACCGAUCCCUUGCCUCCAUCAGCCUUUUAUGCAGGUAAUUCAUUCAAAUAG